AUCGCCGAACGAUACGCAACUGCUGGCGAGGAGGUGCAAACGCUGCAAGCCCCUGCGACGCGAGAAGCCAGUUUGCCGAUGGGAACGCGCGGCAACCGGUCCUGCCUUGCUCACCGCUGGUUGCAAAUGCUUCCGCGGUAACACAACCAGACGCAAGCGACACCGAGCGGCUCCAUAUGAUGGAUCUUCAAGAAAGGGCAAGACUCGAGCUCGGCGAAACCCAAGAAGUUAGAGAGGAAUGUCUCCGACGUCUUCGUCUACUCAUAAAAGAGGCGUCGUUGCACGUUCCCAGUGACGAAAAGUUCCUGUUGAUGUUUCUUCGAAGCAAAAAGUACAAUGUUGAAGCGGCUUUCAGAGUGUUCCAGAACUACGUUAACGCUCGUCGUGACGUACCAGAAUUUUUCAGAGAUCUAAGGCCAGAAAACAGUCGGCUUAGAGAAAUUUGCCACGAAAACCAUCUGGUAAUGACUUCAACAGAGCCCGACUCCCUUGGGCGAAGUAUGGCACUGAUGAGAUUGGGUGAGUUCUUGCAUAACCUCAAUGUGCCUGGAACCCUACAAUGUGCUCGUUCAACGAUUUCAGUUAGAGGCGUACUAACUUUGGCGAGCUGCAAUUUUUAUGAAGACUUGGCACAAAUUGGUGGAGUGGCGGGCAUCGUGGACUUGGAAGGACUUGGUUUCCACCAUUUUCGUCAGCUAACUCCAGGGCUACUAAUUAAGAUGACUCACAUCACACAGGACUGUUCGCCAGUACGAAUGAAGGCUGUGUACGUAAUCAACUACCCUUCUGCUUUCAAGACGCUGUUUGAAGUCGUCAAACCUUUUCUGAAGCAUAAGCUACUGAAGAGGGUACACUUCGUUCGAGAGGACCUCUCGGAGCUCUGGAAAAUUUGUCCACAAGACCUGGUACCCGACGAAUUCGGAGGCAAGCGAAAUGACUUCGAUUUCGACCGCCAGGAGGAGCUUGUGUUUAGGAAGCGUCAUGUAUUCGAAGACUUGUGCCGAUAUGACCUCCCACCUCCUUGACAUACAAUGUGGAGUCUUGAAGUUAUUGUCAUAUCUAGUAGGGUGUACAGUUACUUUUUCUUUUACCUCUAAUACACUGACAAUGGUGUCACGUUGUUGGCUAGUCAAAGUACAGUAAACAGUGACAUCUCUCAUUUUCCAA